ACACCGAUCGACAUUUCCCAUUAAAUCUGCAUUAAAUCUCAGCUGAACGGCACGUUGACGCCUCCUGUCCGACGUAUUGGUGUCUCUGCAGGCGUGGAUAUCCGCACUCGCGAACGCGUGGGAGUGUUAUCUCAAUCUGAGAGUGUUUAUGUGCGAGGGAGCGCACGAGAGAUGGAAAUCGAGAGAGAGAGAGAGUGAGAGAGAGACAUUGAAAGGAUCAGAUAGAGAAAUGAAAAGAGCCUGAUGAGAGAACGCAGCAGAUCAGAAGUCCCUCUCUGUUUGGAUCGGAUGAGACGCAGAAGUAGACCCAGUGGGGACAGAGCGAGGGGAGGAGAAGGACUCCGGUCUGUCCGUCAUGGACCUUCUGCCGUCUUUAGCCUCCACGGUCUGCCUGCUGAGGGAGAGCUCUGCUUUCCAGAGCAUCAGCAAAAAGCUCAACAGAAGAACCAUGUCAUCUCCAGAGGUGUGCUGGCCGGUGCCCAUGCGGGCCAUUGGGGCUCAGAACCUGCUCACCAUGCCGGGGGGAGUGACCACCGCGGGAUACCUCCACAAGAAGGGGGGCAGCCAGUUCAGCCUCUUGAAGUGGCCGCUGAGGUACAUCAUCAUCCACAAGGGCUGCGUGUAUUACUUCAAGAGCAGUACCUCUCCUGCUCCACAGGGGGCGUUCUCACUCAACGGCUACAACAGAGUAAUGAGAGCAGCAGAGGAGACGACGUCCAACAACGUCUUCCCUUUCAAGAUCGUCCACUUCAGUAAGAAACACAGGACCUGGUUCUUCUCUGCAGCCAGCGAGGACGAGCGGAGGAAAUGGAUGCGAUAUCUGCGGAGGGAGAUCGACCACUAUAACGACAGGAAAGAGUCCAACCUUCCGAGUGAAUCCGACUCUGACGCCGACAGUUUCUACGGCACCAUAGAGAGGCCCAUGGAUAUCAAACAUCCUGUCGACACCACAGAAGAUGAUUACGGCGAGGAUGAUGAUGACGAGGAUGAAGAUGACUACGUCAAGCCGGAUAAUGACUGUUCCCCAACAUCUACAGGUCGACCCACCGGGCCGCCUCCCUCCUACCCCCCGCCCCCGGUCCCCGCCCUGAUGCCCCUUCGCCAGGACUGCAGCCACGUCUCCCACAAAGGCCUGCCUCCCCCCGUCCCGCCCCUCCACAGGAUGCCCACCAGCCCCCUGCCCAAGAAGCCGCCGCCCUCCACCCCCCCUCCCAUGAUCCAGAAGGACGCUAUCAAAGGCGCAUCCCCUUCCCUUCCCUUCACCCCUCGUGUGCACAAGCCCAGUUCUGUAACCCCUCCGCCUCCCCCGCCCCCCAACAACAAGAGACCUCUGCAGCCCAGGUUGACCUCGGCGGAGGUCGGGGUUUCUGGGACCAACAGGAAAGACCGGAGGUCUCUGGCCGGCCUUGGCGUCCAGUUCCCGGCCACUUUGCCCAUCUGUAACCAGCUGGAGACCCGGAUGGCCCUCAACGGCCCGCUUCACCCCCUCAACGCUGGGGGGAGCCAGUCGCUGGGUAACAACUGCUACCGGAGCAAGCCGAGCGUACCAGCCCCACAAAGUAACCCCCUGUCUGUCAACCACAUGUCCCCCGGACACCCCCAGCUCGCUUCGCCACAGAACACCAGACUUCACAAUAAGACAGCGACGCCCAAGCCCCCCCCACCGGCGUUCAAGCCCCCGAUACCUACAACCAAACCCAAACAGCCGGGUUCAGCCUUUCAAAGAGCAUCUCCAGAAGGUCAGAGCUUCCGCUCACUGAGUGAUGAGACGCCCGUCGACGUCCGGAGGAAACGAGAGCCGAACAAAUGUGGCGAAGAAGAGCCCGACGACGACUACGAGAACAUGCUGCUUCCAGAGUCUGUCUUCAUCGAUUCCAAUGAGACCAGCUUUGUGGAAAAGUUGUUCAGAGAGAGUCCGGUUCCUCCUCAGGACGGCCUGUACGGCAUCAGAAACUCAGGGACCAAAACAACAAAGGUGCUGGUGGUCUGGGACGUCAGUAUAGGCAGAGCCAGGAAUUACAGACUCUUCGAGGAGAACGACUGCACGUUUCUGGAAUCCGACGUGACCUUCCCCAGUCUGACAGCUCUGAUCGAACACUACCACGGCCAUCCGCUGCCUCACCACGGCUCGCUGUGUCUGCAGAAACCCUUCACAAAGAGCCACUGAGGGCCAGAGUCCACACGCCAACCUGCUCAGCACCUGCAACCCUUCUCAUACCAAAACCCAGUCUUACAAAGCAGCGUGACUUUAAAAAUCUUCAGAUGAAUAUAUUUUUAGUACUUUUUUCUCAUUUAAGGAGGUGCUGUUUCAUUUAAAGCCACCCUUCAGUCUGUGUGAUCUCUCGCUCUCUCACACAGUUACAGGAGCCAAGUUAAUCCUUCCUACCCCCUUGUCAGUAGAAAAGAUGUGUAAAUUUAAUUCUUCCGCCCUUGUUGAAAUCUGACUGAAUGUAUGUGCAACAUUGUCGCCUUUUGGAUAUUUUCUUUUCCCCCAUUUUUAAUUAGAGAGUAAAGCUACAUAGUAACAAGUAAUGGAGGUGUAUUAAUUUAUAGAAAAAAUAUUGUACAGUUUAAUGAUAUAAUAUUUCAAUAUGAUAGGAGCAGCAUGUCUCGGAUGGUUUUAAAGCAUCUAACCGAUCUGAUGUGAGAUGUUGGGCUAGGGAAAUGACAUUUAUGUGGCAUGAUUUGCACAGCACGGUGUAAAAUGUCUCCCAUAUUUAUUUGUAAAUGCUGUAUGUACUGUAAAUAUGCAAUGUAAAUAUGUUGUUUUUUACUACAGAAACAUAUGUUGAGAAUUUAUAAAGAAUAUCUGUAAAACCUGC